AUGAGGCCAUCAACAAACGCCCUUUGGGCUACCGUCGCAUUGGUAGUGUCAGGCAUACCCACAGUCGCACCCCAGAGUUUAGAAGAAGUACUCAGCAAACAAGCAAACCUGACAACGUUCCGUGAACUGGUCAAGGACCACGCAGACAUCUUCUCGAAGUUGCCCAAAUCCGGCGUUACGAUCCUCGCCCCCAGUGACUCAGCAUACCUCAAAGGCCAAGGCUGGGACACAGACAAGGACGCCAUCGCCAUCGCCCUGCAAUACGGCAUCAUCGACACCAAAGUCGGCUUCAACGCCUUCUCCCCAGGCCACUCGAGCAUCCUCUCCACCCUCCUCACCGACACGCGCUUCUCCAACGUGACGGGCGGCCAAACCGUCCUCGUCACAAAACAGCCCAACGACGAUGUGGUCAUCACAUCGGGCGUCGCAUCCCGAACAACAGUCCUCGAGACUGACGUCCCCUUUGAUGGCGGUUUCGUGCAGAUCAUCGACAGCCUCAUGGUCACGCCCGCGCGCCUCGAGACGACCGCCCGCGACGCCUACCAGGACCUGACGGCAUUUCUCGGCGCGCUGUACACCGCAGACCUCGUAGCCGACUUCGCCGAGACGCCGAACGUUACUAUUUUCGCGCCGAGAAACGCUGCCUUUCAGCAGGUUGCCGGCACACUUUCGGGUAUGAGUAAGGAGGCGCUGCGCCGCGUAUUGCAGUACCACUUGGUACCCUCGCGGGUGGCGCAAGCUUCCUCAUUGACGAACGGGACCAAGUUUGCGACUGCUGCUAGCGGGAACAAGAGCUUGGAUAUCACGUUAUUCAGCAACGACAUCUUUGUCAACUCGGCGCGGCUCAUCCAGACGAACAUCCUGAUUGCCAACGGCGUGGUGCAGAUGAUUGACGCGGUACUCAACGUAGACGCGCCCAACGUUGCCCCGAAUGUGACGGCCGUUUCACAGUCGCCCGUGUUCACGGUCACGGGGACGGUAGAGACGGGGACUACAGCGCCGACGCCGUUUGUUUCAGCUCUGCCUUGCACGACCAGCUGUCCGGUAUCCGGCGGCGGAAACGGUAACGGGGCCGGGAGGACGGCGACGGGCGGGGUAGCACCUCCCAGCUCUAGCACGGGAGGCGUCGCCGCGGCGCGGUGCACUGGUCCAGGUCUAGUAGGCGUUGCUGCUGCGGGGGCUGGAUUGAGUUUGGCCAUGGGAAUACUGGGAAUGGAGGCCUUGGGUGUCAUCGUCUGA